GUGUCUGAGCGGCUCGUUGGACGUGAAUCCAAACCGCAGUCGCUGAACCCAGGAGCAUCUGCAUGAACAAUGAACCGGCUGACUUGGAAGGAAAUCAUUUGAAACGAAGAUGAACCGGACGUUUGAGGAGUGUCGCGGUGAUGGGAUUGAACAGCAGCAGUGAUUUGUAGGAUGUAUGUGAUGUGAAUGACCUUUAACGGUACAAGGAAUUAGUAAUUUCUAAUACUUUGUUGUCUGCAGAGUCAAUCCUCUUACAGACAGUAGCGUUACAUUGGCGGGCUUGUGUUUGCUUGUUGAUCAACUUCCACAGUAUCGUUAUUAAAAUAGGAUUCACAUCCAAAUGCUAAAUUACCCUAGUGUCUUAAUUUAUUUAUUUAUUUAGACGAAUUUGUUGUAUGUAUUACAUCCAAUGGCCUAUAGCCUCUAAAUUUAACCAAAGUGUGGAGAAGUUACUGCAAAGUCAUUCUUUUUUUCAAAAAGAGGAUUUUAUUAUUGAACUUCAACUGGAAACCCCUGGUGCAACUCCAGCUGCUUCAACAACAUAUGUGAGAGAUCCACAUUAAAUUUAAGACACCACUGCAGUGACUUGUAUUUGAGAUAUUGGUGGCACAAGCUGUUGGAUGUCAUGAGUGUGCCAUCUGUUGUGGGAACCUACUUAAACCUGCAAGCUGAUUAACUGGCAAAAGGUCCAAGGCAUCAGUCAGGACGUUUCUGUGCCUGGACUCAGUUGGCUACCUGGUGGAGGAGGGAUGCUGAGGCCCACUGCAAGCUCAGUGCAGGAGAGAGAUGAGGAGCAGGAGGAUGAAGGGGAAGAAGAACUGAGGGAUGGAGGGGUGCCUUUCUAUGUGAACAGAGGAGGCCUCCCCGUGGAUGAGGAGACUUGGGAGAGGAUGUGGCGCCAUGUGGCUCGAAUACACCCCAACGGUGAAGCUUUGGAGAAAGAGAUCCGGCGUGCCACUGACCUGCCCAAGAUUCCAAUGCCGAGUGUGCCUACAUACCAACCUACCACCACUAUCCCACAGCGCCUAGAAGCCAUACAGAAAUACAUCAGGGAAUUGCAGUACAAUCACACGGGAACACAGUUUUUUGAAAUUAAGAAGAGCCGGCCUCUUACCGCGUUGAUGGACAUUGCCAAAGAGAUGACACGGGAGGCUCUGCCAAUCAAAUGCCUGGAGGCGGUGAUCCUGGGGAUUUACCUCACCAACAACAUGCCGGGUGUGGAGCGCUUCCCCCUCAGCUUCCAUUCUCAGUUCUCAGGGAACAACUUCCACCACAUUGUGCUGGGAGUUCACAGUGGGGGACGCUUCGGCGCACUGGGCAUCAGCCGGAGGGAGGACCUCAUGUUCAAGCACCUGGAGUUCCGGACACUGAUGGACCUGGUGCAAGAAUUUGAAGGAGCCUACAGGGGCAACUGGCACACCCUACGCAAGGUCAGGAUCGGCCAGUACGUGUCCCACGACCCUCACAGUGUGGAGCAGAUAGAAUGGAAACACUCGAUACUAGACGUGGACAAGUUGACCAAGGAGGAGCUGCGGAAGGAGCUGGAGAGACACACCAGAGACAUGAGGCUGAAGAUAGGAAAGCCUGCGCCACCCUCUCCCACCAAAGACAGGAGAAACAGCAUGGGUUCACCCCUCAGAGGACCAAGCAGCCCCAUACGCAGGAUCAGCCGUGUUGAGAGACGUCCCUCUGGAGACAAGAAGACUGUGGAGCAAAAAUCAUCUGCAGACAUGAACGGAUACCAGAUUCGAGUCUGAGGAAGAAUUGUACUUUGCUCGUUAAGUUACAGGGUGCCACACACGCUUGUUCCAUGGGGCCACAGAUUUUUUCGAGGCUUAAUUCUUUGUACACAUUGGCCUACUCACAGGAUGCAAUGUGGAAUAGGUCACCAGCAAACAAAUGCCUCAUUCAGCUUCCCUAUGUCUGUGUUGUCAGAGACAUUUUCCGGAGCUGUACUGUGGAUACUAAUUGGUGCUGGCAAUGUUCCCAAAUUAUAAAGAGGGGUGAAAAGUGCAGCACUUUGUAAACAUUUUUAAACCACUCUUUUGCUAACUCAACACAAUGAAAAAUAUGACUCUUCCCCAACUCUGGGCAAGAUCACCACUCAGUGUAAAUGUGCUACUGGCCAUAUCAUAGGUUUCUGUGGUGUUAUCAACAAAAGCUCUUAUGGCUUGUCUGCAAUCUGUAUCGUCGUACUGUAAGUGUGCAACUACAUGUAACGUCAUUUUAAACCCACUUAGGCUCUGCUGGCCAGCAACUGCUUGUUUAGUGACUAGUUUGCAAACCAUUACCCUUGUGCCUUGUAUGAAAAUUCAAAGAGAACUAAAAUACUUUUUGUUUUUUAUUAAAUAUACAACCCAUUCUUCUCAUUACCUAGCUAAACACAAAGCAGUGGAAUUGCUGCUCUUCCAAAAUACUGCAAAUGAAUUAAAUAAAUUGUGUGAGACAGUUUUGUGAAAUCUAAUAUCCAGAUGCUAGCAUGUUUAGCAUGGUAUUUACCUUAUUAAGAUGUUGACUGAAUAUAGGAUUGAGUAGACACUAUACAAAAGUAUAUGUACAAGUAUGAAGGCUCCGGUCGAGUGAUAAUAUGAGAAACAGGAGUCUGAGAUCUUCUGGCUGUUAAAUAUAAAACCUUUCCCAUAAACCAAUACAAUUAUCAAUGUGACUAACCUCAUCUGCAUUUAAUGUAGACGGAAAGUAACGAAAAGUCAGUUUACAUGUACUGUAUAACUGCUUUAUAUAUACAUUGUUUAUAACUUUUCUUUGUAGCAACUGUUUCAAAUAUUUCACUUGCCUUAAGUGGUAUGACUUUUAUCUGCAUUUUGUAUUUUUUUUAAUGGAAAUUCUAUCAUUUGAUACUUCCAUCAGUGUUUGUGGUCAGCAGUAGACCACUUAAUAUACCAUACACUGUUUUGAAUAUGUUGCCACAACCAACAUUUUUAUGUGUACAGUAGGUGUUGUCCAUAUUCAUUUCAGUGAUCUGUUUUUGUACCAAAAGACUGUUGAUUUAUAGGAUCACAAUAAAGGCUCACUUUGAUUGUGGCAACACAA